AUGAAUCAAACGCAGUCGUACCUGGAUAUGCAUCCCGGCUCUCACAUAUCUUCCGGACCAUCAUACUCCCACGCGGGUUCCACAGCACCCUUGGGCCAUUAUCAGCAGUAUCAGCAACCUCCAAUUCCGGCGUCGUCACAUUACGGCCCGCCUCCGACCUAUGGGACUUAUGCCUAUACAAACGGUGUUACUUCUCCACAGUCUGCCACCGGUCCCGUACCGCAGCAAGUAUCUCAGAUCACAUCACUGCCUGCUAUCAUGACUGGUGCACCCAGCUCUCAACAUCCUUAUGUGGCUCAAACGGCGGGGUUGCCUGCUCCAAACCAAGGGUUUCCUCAGCAGCAGCAGCCUUUUGAUACUACCGGCCAGAUUGCUCCCCCAGGCAUGAAGCCAAGGGUAACAGCAACGCUGUGGGAAGACGAAGGGAGCCUGUGCUUUCAAGUAGAGGCGAAGGGGGUGUGUGUUGCUCGCCGCGAAGAUAACCACUUCAUCAACGGGACAAAGUUGCUCAAUGUUGCUGGAAUGACUCGUGGACGCCGAGACGGUAUUUUGAAAUCUGAAAAAACCCGACAUGUGGUUAAAAUCGGGCCUAUGCAUCUGAAAGGAGUCUGGAUACCUUUCGAACGUGCCCUUGAUUUUGCCAACAAGGAAAAGAUUACAGAUCUGCUGUACCCACUUUUCGUGCACAAUAUCGGCGGCCUGCUCUACAAUCCUGAGAAUGCAUCUCGGACUAAUGCAGUCCAGCAAGCAACAGAGCAGCGGCGUCGGAUGGACAGCGUCGAUUCCACUCGUCCAUCCCAAUCCCAGCCGCCGGCUCUCCAACAUCACAAUAGCAUGCCGGGUCCAGGUCAAGCUCCGCCCACACCGCACUCAAUUGCUCCGCAUCCGAAUGCACCACGUCCUGGCAUCGACCGUGCACACACUUUCCCCACUCCUCCGACGAGCGCUUCAAGUGUGCUGGGGAUGAGCAGCCAAGGCACUUCGUAUGACUGGGGCACCCAGGGCUUGACGAAUGGUGCACCAGGAGCGCAGCCUCUUUCCAUCGACACCGGCAUGAACGCUCGUUCCAUGCCUACAACACCUGCGACAACUCCACCCGGAACUGCUGGGCAAGGGAUGCAAUCUUAUUCCGGACAGUCGGGGUACGAGAGUUCAAAACACUACUAUAGCACUACGCCCAGCUCUCAGACCGGUUAUGCGCACCAUCCAGACGGAAGCCGGUACGGCCCCAUGCAAACUGUCCCGUACGGGAAGACUGAUAUGGGCCCACCAAUUGCCCCUGGAAGCGCCGGUGCUGGAGCCGACGGGCAUGACGUGAAAUCUGAUGCGUACACCACGCAGAGCCACUCAUCUCAACAUGAAAGUGACCAUCCAGACAGCGGCUACAUGAGCGCGAAUCCCUCUGCCUACAGCACGGGCCGACAGUACACGUAUAGUGCUACUGGAGAGCAUCCACACAUGUCCCCGGAGCAGAUGACGAACUCUCCAACGCAUCAGGCUGGUUCCGGUCACGCGACACCUAGGACCAUGCCUGCAGGACAACCACAAUGGACAGGAGAUUAUAACACUCCACCCCGACCCCCCACUUCCAGCACUGUAUAUAAUGUCAUGGGCCGGGAUCGCACUCCACAAGGAGGGCCAACUGACAGCUACGGGAAUCCGACAUAUGGGGCCACCGGUCAUUCUGCGAACGUGUCAUCAGUGAAACGCGGGCGAGAAGACGAUGAUCAAGACCGUCCUAGCAGCCGAGAAUACGACAGUUACGACGCGAAACGGCGCAAGACAGCACGUCAAGAGACGUACAACAUGCCCCUCAACACGCCUCCCCACAUGCAAGCUAUCAAAACAGGCGGACAACGGUAA